AAAUUUUUACUCUUUCCAGAUCGUCUCCUAUUAGAACGUUUCUAUUUAUGUAUGUAUAAAGAUGUAGAAGAAACCAAGAAAUUAAUUGAAGUUAAUUAUGCGAUAAGAAAUAAAUGUCCACAUAUCUUUAUAAAUCGGGACCCCACAGAUGAAGACAGUCAAAGAACAUUUGAAUAUGCAGAUAUGGUGCCACUACCAGGUCUAACACCGGAAAAAUAUCGCAUAACCUGCUUCCGAUUAUGUGAUCCAGAUCCACGAAAGAUGCAUCAUACCGAAGAUACCAAGGCCUUCAUAAUGAUCACCGAUUGUCGUUUUUCAAUGCCAGAUCUAACAGAUGGUAAUGCUACAAUGCUUUCAGAGGGUGAAGUACAAAUUUUCGACAUGACUGGUUAUAGCAUGAAGCACGCUACUCGUCUAUCGAUAAGCACUUUACGUACAUAUUUGAAAUUUCUACAGCAAGCAUUUCCCGUGCGUAUCAAAGCCAUGCAUAUGAUUAAUUGUCCCUCGUAUUUGGAUCGCUUGAUUAGUGUGGUAAAGCCAUUUAUCAAUAAAGACGUAUUUAAUAUGAUGCAUUUUCAUACAACGGGCAUUGAAACUUUGUACGAACAUGUUCCUAAAGAACUUUUGCCCGAGGAAUAUGGUGGUCAGGCGGGUAAAUUGACAGAUUUAAAAGAAGAUUUUAUGCAAUUGAUGUUUAAGAAAAGAGAUUAUCUAAUGGAUCCAAAUCAUUGGAAAAUAGAGUCAUUAUAAUUUUACAAAUGUUACUUAAAUGAAAAAUUGUAUUUAUUACAAAAAAGUUACUACAUUUUUGAUCUGUAUUUAUUGGGGCUUUUAUUUUUAUUAUACUUCCAUUGUAAUUUUUUAUUAAUCUUAAAUGUUAUUUCAGGGGUUUUAUUGCAUUAAAGUUUAUUUACA